GUCGCCAGCAGCCAAAUUGUCCAUCAACUGCUUGGUGUCGGCCACAUGCUGUCCAACGCCUCGCGGUUCGACAAUGGUCGGUACCGGUCCGAGGCCAAACGACUGAUUGCCUUCCUAGGGGACCUGGUGAGGAACUUGGAGCAUGACAUUCCCUCUGCUUCCAAGGCCGGCGAGCGAUUGCUCAAGCUGGCGGAAGCCACUUUGUAAUCCAUAUUUCAGGGCUGAAUGGAAGCGUUCAGGGUCGUGCACGGUCGCGCCGAGUCGCCUUACAACGCCGAGUACCUGACGGCCGCGUUCGCCUCGGGGUCGUCCAACGGCUCGGCGACGGCAACGGCGGCAAGUUUCGGCGUCUUUGGUACGGGCGAGGAAACCAUCUCGUCCGGCCGUUCGCCCGCCUCGAACAAUGGGUUGGUGGCUUAUACGCCGUCCAGAGGCCUCAUAUCGAUUAGGGGGAACUGGCCGCUUUUUCCAACCUGUGACACAGUCGUGCCACAUGCGCGAACGCUGGAAGACAUGUUCGCGCUGCUGGAUGUCAUUGUUGCCGAGGAUGAGAAGAAAACGGGCGAGUUUUGGAGGGAGCAGCCCUUCGUCCAGCUUCCAGACGUCAAUUCGAUUCGUCCACAGUCGUAUCAUCAGCUCGCCGACACCAAAGCACUCGCAGGCAAGAGGAUUGGCGUCCCCAAGAUGUACAUUGGAAAAGUCGAUUCUGAUCCGACGGCCAGAACGGUCAACACUCGACAGUCCGUCAUUGACCUCUGGGCAAACGCCCGGAAAGUCUUGGAGUCGCUUGGUGCGACCGUAGAAGAGGUCGACUUUCCCGUUGUCACCAAGUUUGAGAGGCCGGAUCCAGAAAGCAGCCCUGGCCAGGAGAGUAUUGCGCCACCUCACAAGAACGACUUCGACAUGUGCCAACUCAUGGCAUAUGCCUGGGACGACUUCCUCGCGCAGAAUGGCGACGCCAACGUGGCUUCCAAUCUUGGGCAGGUGGACUCCGGCACCAUAUUCCCUCGCCCUUCAGGGUCUAUCCCCGCUAAGUAUGACUCCAACGAUCCUCUUGUGCGCCAUACGGACGUCGUCGCGCAUAUUACUUGUGGGCGCGUCCCUAUAUUUGAAGUCACCGGUCUCGGUCAAGCUCUGCAGAAUCUCGAGGCGAAGCGCAAGUCCGACUACGAGGACUGGCUGGACGAACGCUGUCUGGACACUGUGGUGUGGCCUUGCAACGGAGACGUUGGAAAGGCUGAUGCGGAUGUGGAUGAGGCGUCCGCGGCAGCGGCAUGGCGCAAUGGUGUGCUCUAUUCAAAUGGCAACUGCGCCAUACGCCAGCUGGGCAUCCCGACUGUCAGCGUGCCCAUGGGAGUCAUGGCCGACACGCGCAUGCCCGUCAACUUGACCUUUGCAUCCAAGGCGUAUGAUGACGGCAAUUUGUUCAGGUAUGCCUACGCCUUUGAGCAGGCCAGCCGACUGCGCCAGGCUCCCCCGAGAACAGGCGCGUUGGCGCCAGAUGCCGUGACAAUUUCGAGUGAGGUAACAUUGGGAAUGGAGCCGCCGCAGCUGACAUUGGAUGAAGCCACGAAGACUGGGAAGAAGCUUCACCUUGCAGGCAGCGUUGAAAAGGACGUAUGCGCGUUGCGUGUCUUUGUCGACGGCGACGAAGUUGAAGUCUCGAAGAAUGCACACGGAAACUGGGAGGCGGGCGUUGAUAUACGUGACGCCUGGAAGGGUCGGCCUGAAGAGAGAGGCGUGCCGGACCCUGACAAGGCCAUGGUGAUUGUGCUGGCCAUGGGGAGAAAUGGGAGGUCGGCGGGCAAACUGUUGUUUUUGUAAAAGGCACCUAACGUUUCCAUCGCGACUUCAAUCGUGCAGAAGCGAACCCUACCAGUGUAUCUGGGCCAGUUGCUAAACGCCAUACCCCCAAACGGAGCAUAGUCAAUGUCGUAGUGAAGCAUGUUGUUAGUGAAACGAAAGGGUUCGAAGCUCUCCUGCGGGUACCAGAUGGGUCUAAUCGUUUCCUUGUUCGUCAAACCAUAAAG